AACCGCAUGCACGAGUCCCUGCACCUCUUCAACAGUAUAUGCAACCACAAGUUCUUCGCCGCCACCUCCAUCAUCCUCUUCCUCAACAAGAAGGACCUUUUCGAGGAGAAGAUCAAGAAAGUCCACCUCAGCAUCUGCUUCCCAGAAUACGACGGCCCCAACACGUUCGAGGACGCGGGGAAUUACAUCAAGACGCAGUUCCUGGACCUGAACAUGCGGAAGGACGUCAAGGAGAUCUACAGCCACAUGACCUGUGCCACAGACACCCAGAACGUCAAGUUCGUCUUCGACGCCGUCACGGACGUCAUCAUCAAGGAGAACCUCAAGGACUGCGGCCUCUUCUGA